AUGCCGAGAAAACGGGCAGUCAACGUUUGCGAAUUCUGCCACAAUCAUAAGAUCCGCUGCGAUGUUGAUUCAACCAGAAUUCCUUGCUCAAAGUGCACAGAGAUUGGCAAGGGUUGCGUAAUUCGAGCCAGGAAACAAUACCGUAGUCGAAAGAGGGCGCGACGCUCAAUUAGCACCAAGCAGAGAGGUGGUGCUUGCCAGCAAAGAUAA